CCCACUGUUACUGCUAGGUGGCGCCACUAACCGAAGGCAUCGGUAAUUAUUGCUAAAUCAAAUAAUUAUUCACCAAGAUGAUAAAUUUGACGUGUUAACUAAUAUAUCGUAUUGUUAUAAAGCAACGAAUCGUAUUAAUUAUGCAUUUAUGGGAAAAAAUAAAGAAUAAUUUAUUAAACGUAUCGGUGGUGCCAUCUAAAAGAACAGUGGGAACUAUUUUUACUAAAAACUUGGGCGUUCUACCACCAAUGGCACCACUAGUAUUAAAACUCGCUCACUAAGCGGCUUAGCGAGCGGUGACCUUUCUGGAGCUCACUGGACACUAGAUAAGAUAUAAAUGUAUAAACAAAAAUUGUGUCAACAGCCACUCAUGUAAAAAUGUUUGUAUAGAAAUAAAGAUAAUGGCCAGGUUAGACAAUGAUAAAGAACGUAUCACAGAUGAAAAGAAUAUUCUCAAAGGAAGGGGCUUGUUGUCCUGUUGAUAGUCAACCACUUAAAUCAGAAAGUGAUUUAUUCAGAGAUUUGUAUACAAGCAGGGAGAUAUCUCAGCAACGUACACCUUGUCCUUACCAACAUUUUGGGUGUGAGAUUAAGUUAUCUCCUGUUGACAUGGAGGCACACAUUGAUCAAUGUGUAUAUAAAAGAAGUCUCUCAAAUUCACAAAAUAUUUAUUGCCACUUUAAAAAAGUUGGAUGCAUAGAAACUUUCAGUGUAGAAGAAGAUUUACAUACACACUUAGAAACAAAUAUAAAUCUUCAUUUAACUAUGGUUUUAAAGACACUACCUCAAGUAUCCAUUACACAAACUCAUGCUAAUGCAGUAGCUGCUGAAUCUAAGUUAUGGGAUCCACCACCAAAAAGUGGAACAUCCUCAGAAAAUAAUGAACCAUCAUUAGAGUGGCAGCACUUGUUAAAGAAUUUGUAUGAAAGAAUAGUUGUCCUGGAACAGCAAAACAGAGAACUGUCUAUAACUGUUUCUAAUCAAAAAACACAGCUUACAACUUUGCAGACAUCUUUACGAUUUAACCAAGAAGAAAUGUUUUUGCGCAGUUGUAAUGGUGUUUAUAUUUGGAGGUUACAUUCCUUCCAUGAAAAGCUUGACAGUAUGAUCAAUGAUCCAUUAAAAAUGUUUUAUAGCCCUGGUUUCUACACGAGUCCUAAUGGUUAUAAAAUUUGUGCUAGAAUUAAUGUGUCUUCUAAAGAUCCUGAGUUUGUAUCAUUGCUUCUGCAUAUAAUGAAAUCGGAAAAUGACGAUGGUUUAGAUUGGCCGUUUAAUGGUACAAUGUAUUUUAUUUUGGUACAUCCGCAUGAUUGGGAGAAAGACAUACGAGAAAUAACUUCAUCAAGACCAGAUCUUGAAGCAUUUAGGAAACCAGUAUGCGAAUUGAACAAGCGGAGUUUUGGUUAUACAGAAUUUGUACGAAUACGAGACUUAACAAAUUUUUUGCAAAAUGAUUGUUUGAUCUUUAGGAUAGAAGUUCGUGUUCAAGAUCGAUUUAAAAUACCAGUAUAAUGUAAUAAUGUUAAUUGUGUUAGGAAAUCACUAAACAGAAUCCGUCCUUUUAUCAUAUGAUAAAAAUUAAUUUUUAUCUUUUUAUUGUGAAUAUAUUUGUACUAUAAAUAAAGAUUUAACCAAUAAAAUAACCUCCUAAAAUCCGAAUC